ACAAGCCAAAGCCACUGAAAAGCCUGGGGGCUGGGGAAGGGAACCGAGCGGUGAAUGGCCAAAGGGAGGCAGGUUCAGGAAACAUCCUUUGUUGGCUGCUCUGGCCUUCAUCCCAGUGUUUGUUCUGAGGGCUGGGGGGAGGACAAAGUCUGAGCCCCGCAAAGAAGGUCCCAGGGAAUCAGUUUGCCUGCUGCUCCUUCCUGGACAAAACUCACUGCUAUCCAUGGCUCUUCAGGAACGCAAGGAGCCUGAUGUCUACCAGGAGAAUUUUGAGCCCACAUCCUACCUGGAGUAUUACAGGAUGAACCAGGAUCCCAUCGGUGAUGAAGUCCUCCAUUUCCUGCUAAAACACUACAACGCCACCUUUAAAUCAGGUGGGCUGGAAGGGAAACUCCUGAUUGACAUCGGCUCCGGGCCCACCAUCUACCAGUUCCUCUCUGCCUGUGAGUCUUUCCAAGAGAUCGUCGCCACUGACUACACAGACAAGAACCUCCAGGAGCUGGAGAAGUGGCUGAAGAAGAUGCCAGGGGCGUUUGACUGGUCUCCAGUGGUGAAAUACGUGUGUGAGCUUGAGGGGAACAGAGACAAGUGGGCAGAGAAGGAGGAGCGCGUAAGGAGAGCCGUCACCCGGGUGCUCAAGUGUGACGUCCUGAAAGAACAGCCCCUGGAGCCCGCGGUCCUGCCCCCCGCCGACGGCCUCAUCUCCUCCCUGUGUCUUGAGGCUGCCUGCCCCACCCUGCAGGCCUGCCGGGAUGCCCUGCGCCACCUCAGGACCCUGCUCCGGCCCGGGGGCCAUCUGGUGCUGAGCGGGAGCUUCGAGUCCACCUUCUUCAUGGUGGGGGACAAGAGGUUCCCCACUCUGCCCCUGAAUGAGAAAUUCCUGCGGGAGGCCCUGCAGGAGGCCGGCUUCAUCAUUGAGAAGCUGGAGAAGGUCGCUCGGGCCACUGAGACCCACUUGGAUAAUCGCACUGACUACACAGGGCUGUUCUUCCUGGUGGCCCAGAAAGGGGACUAGAGGCAGCGGCUUGGAGGAGCAGGUGGUCGGGGGUCGGGCUUGGGACCAUCCCUCUGCCACCUCGUUUGUGUUUCUCUCCAUUUCGCCAGCUUCACUUCUAACGCUUGCUGGCAAAUGAUCGCCAGGUCAAUCGGGAUGCUUCUCCCAGAGAUGUUUAUAAUGUAUUCCACUAAUGGCCCCGAGCUGGGAAAAAGAAUUGGACCAGAGAAAUAAAGCUGCACCUCCUUCCUUCUGGGCUCCUUCAGGGUUGCAUGGAAUGAAGUGGGAAGGACCCUUCCCGCUCUCUGAUUUUAGGCAAUUCAGACUGCACGCCUUCUGAGUUCAGUCUCCACCUCCCUCCCCAUGCCUGCUAAUCCUGCAGCCCUGCCCCUUGAAAUGGAAAGCACAUGCAUGGAUUUUGAUCCUUGGCUCUCUGAUUCAACUUGCUCUUGUGACUUUAGGUGGGCACCUAAUAUCUCAGAACCUCAGUUUCCCCAUCGCUGAAAUGGAAAUCAUCACACCUCUCCCCAGGGUUUCUGUAACACCCAAAAGGUAUAACAUGAAUACCCUUGGUAAAUAACCAUGUAAACAA